CUUAUUUGAGAGGAAAUGAUGAACAUAUUCUGGCUUUUGUGGAACAAAGAGGCAGGAGAUGUGAAAAUCAUUUCUGUUCCGACAGAGGUUUCUGUGCAGUGGGCGGACACCCCCAUCAAAUCACUCGAGUCAACGUGACAGACGUGUAAUUGGGAAAUUGUCAGUAUGCGCCAUGGUAUUACUGUCAGAGUGAUUCAAACCCUGCUGCAAGAAGUGCUCAUCAUAUUUAGCAGAAAUAUGUAUUUAAAUCUGUUUUUGUCACUUGAGUAAAAGUACAAGUAUCUGCUGAACCGAUCCCAUGUUUACACUCGCUGGCGGUUAUUUUAAUACGGUGCGAAGAAAUGAAAACGCAGUAAAAGUACACGACAGAGGUAGGUGAGAGUGCGAUGAGGAGAAGUUUCAGAGUGUGAGGCCAUGGGCUGCACCUCGGCCAAGCAGGUGUCGGCCGUGCCCAGCGAUGAGGAGGGACGCGGCAAGGCCUACAGCAACGGCGACGUCUUCACCGACGAAUACAAGAAGGGAGUGGAGGAGGUGAAGUACAUGAGAGGGGAUGAAAACCGAGUGAAUGCACGCAACCAGGAGAACCUGGAGAAGAGUAAUGUCCAGCACAAGGGCAAACAGCAGAAAGAGGUUCCUGCACCAAACAUCAAAUCCAACAUUCACACGUCAGAAAGCCAGCAGGAAUUUUUCAGGAUGCUGGAUGAGAAGAUUGAGAAGGGGCGAGACUACUGUUCGGAGGAGGAGGAGGAAGAUGGGACAUAGCACAGAGGCCCCCAGGAGUCACCCCCACAGAGAGCCUCACCGUGUGUGUGCGUGUGUGUGUGUGCGUGUGCCUGAGAGAGCGCUAAAUCAGUGUUUAACCAAUGGGGUGUUGACAGGACACUUUAUGUUGGUAUGAUUUUGUGAGUUGUUGAAUAUGUGGCAAAGAUAAUACUUUAAAUACAAGUGAAAGAGUGGGGGAUGCUUGAGACAGAGACAGAGAGAGAGAAUGGCAUAAAGAAAACUUUCUUCAGAGACUACAGCCCUCCUUACUUAGCGCCUCACCCCUUCAGGCCCCGGGUGGACAGAUGGAGGUGGCGAGUGAUGAAGGGACAGGCAGAUGAAAGGAGGGAGGGAUGGAGGAUGACGCGGUGACGGAUGUGCACACAUCGCGUGAACUCGAUGAAGGACUCGCCUCUGUCGGGUCGGGCACGGCCAUUUCCUCGAGCUGGAUAAAGGCGGCUUUGCAGGCCUCCAUCUGUCCUCCUGUCUGUCUGUCUGUCUAUAUUUAACCCCUGCAAUUGGACAAAAGAACUUCCCAAAUACGGAGGCCCAGGAAGGAGGAACAUCUUGGUGUGUCAAGAUGCACGAGUGGAGAAGAGAGAGCGCAGGGAAGUAGUUAUCUAACACUACCAGGAUCCACACUGAACUCUUUGGCCUGCCUGGCUACAGUCAGGCCGGCCUGGGCCGCGGCAGCCUGAGAGAACGGGUGAGGGAGGAAGAGGGAAGGCGGAGAAAGGGGGGAAUAUUUUGGGGAUAUUUUAAUAAGAGAGAAUAUGGAGCGAGCUGGUGAUUUGAAACUCAACUCCUCCUGCCUUGAAGUCAAGGACCCUGUUUUUGUUUUUAAUUUUUUUUUUUAUUCUGUUCCAGCCAAUCAUUCACUCAAGCCCUUCCCUUCCAUGAUGUUCUUUUCUUCAGUUUGUUUUACUCUUGGCUUCCAUCGUAGUGUAUCCUCAUCAAAGCCAUUAUCGCCCUCACCGCCACAGCAAUCAGAGUGAAGCUGCAUAAUUCACCGCAUCUGUGUCUCAACCCAAUCCGUCCUCCGCCUUUUACCAGAACCUGGCAGAGCCGCGCUAACGUGCACGUGCAGUCUAUUCUUGUAUAUAUGGUAGCACACACUCAUUCCAGCACACCUCUGCGUAUCGAUAUGAGUCACUCAAACACAUUAAUGUGUCCUCCUCAUUUCACCAGCAGACUGUCAUGUGCAUCAGUCAGAGGUGUUCCAUGUAGCUCCGUAUUUCUGCUUUGGCUCAGUGUUCUCACACACACACACACACACACACACACACACACACACACACACACACACACACACACACACACACACACACACACACUGGCACUGAAAAGCAGCAAACUGGGCUGAGCUUGAGGGGAGGAUGCAUGGUUGCCGUGGAGACACAGACCUAAUCACUUUUUUUUCUUUUUCUUUGAUUUGUUUUGUUUUGUUGCUGUUGUCAUCUUUACUGGAUACUUACUGUUGUAUUAUUUUAAAUACUUUUUUUCUAUUAAAAAUAAAAAGCGCAGAAGCUCUGA